AUGGUCAAAAGGUCAUUUACUAUCGAAUUUAUGGGAAUAUCCGAGAAACCACGUCGGAAUGCUGAUGAUCUUCGUGCUCUGGAACACCUGGAACAAACGGCAAAAUUAAUCGAUGGUCAAUGGCAUGUAGGUUGUCCACCAGAGAGUGAGACGCCUACGUCUACUGGCAGAGGACCUAGUACGUGUGCCGUGUUCGUCUCCCGUCCGGAACGACGC